AUACAAGAUGGCGGCUGGUGAGGAGGCGGCGGCGUGAGUGAAGCUGAAGGUCGGCUCCCAACAGCGGCUCCGAUACACCCCCGGCCCGGCCCGGCCCGGCCCCGACAUCGCCGCCUCGCCCUUCUCCUCUUCAGGUCAGGAGACAGUCCAUUAUUAAUGGAGGAUAAAACAAGACGUUAAAAGAAGAAUGGAACAAAUUGCCUGAAAGAACUAUCUUCUCCUCUUCCUCCUCCUCUCCCCGCCCGACCCAUAAAGGUUUUCACUUUUAGGAGUCUGAGUCUUCAAUGAAGCUUUAUUCGUGAAAAAUGGAACAGUAGACGACGAACAGCAUCUGGACUGUAUGUUGCGGACCUGCAUAAAUCUAAAAUCACCAGAAUCUGGACAGACCCUUGACAAUCAUAUUACAUGUGUAAAUCAUUGCGUUAUUGUGUGAGCCACUGUCUUUAUGCAGUCAUGACAAGACUGGAAGAACUUAAUAGAGAAACAAAUAUGCAUUCCUCGGUACGAUACCUUGGCUAUCUAGCAAAUAUAAAUUUGCUAGUGGCCAUUUGUAUGGGACUGUAUGUCAGAUGGGAGAAGACAGAAAAUCUGUUGCUGCUUGUCAUCUUCAUCCUCGGACUCUUUGUGCUUGGCAUUGCUAGCAUAUUGUACUACUACUUCUCCAUGGAAACAGCAAGCUUGAGUCUUUCUCAUCUCUGGUUUGGAUUUUUACUGGGCCUUCUCAGUUUUAUAGAUAAUUCUAAAUUUCAAUAUGACGUGAAGGAAGAAGCCACCAAAUACUUACUUCUGACAAGCAUUGUGAUUCGAACUUUGUGGGCAGUGGUGCAGAGAAUUUGUGGAUGUGUCCGACAUCAACCUGCACUCUUAACAUCUGCGGAGUUCCUGGAACUAGUUGGAUUUGCCAUAGCCAGCACUGCCAUGCUGAUGCCUAAAUGCAUGAGUGUCAUCUUGCUUGUUUUGGCAUUGUCCAUGUUAAUUAUUGAUCUACGGAUGAAGUCUUUCCUGGCAGUUCCAAAUUUGAUAGCCUUUGCAGUGAUUACAUCCCUGUUGUUUUUUCCAUCUUUGGACAUUAGUACUAACCCAUUUGCCUUAGCUUGCUAUUUCAGCCGCCUGAUCUGUGACCCUCUGCUGGAUCUUUACUUCAGUGGCUUAUCUGUUACUGAACGAUGGAAGCCUUAUCUGUAUGGCCGGACACUGUGCAGAAGACUUUCCAUACUUCCUGUUGCUUCUGUAGAACUCAUAUUCUUUGUCCUGUCUGCAUUAAAACUGAACGACUUAGGUUAUUGGUACUUUUUGAUACCUGGGUUUGCCAUAUUCGGAAUCUUCUGGUUGAUCUGCCAUACAAUAUUUCUCAUAACCUUCUGGGGGUUUCAUACAAAACUCAAUGACUGCCAAAAGAUCUACCAAACUCAUAGAAUAGACAAUAAGAGUCUGGAUUGUGUCAUGGCAUCCAAGGGAAUGCGCCAUUUUUGUCUGAUUUCUGAACGAUUGGUCCUUUUUAGCCUUUUAUCCACAGCAAUUUUGGGCGCAGUCUCCUGGCAGCCAACAAAUGGGACCUUUAUGAGCGUGUUCCUUGUUGUUUUACCAUUGGAGUCGUUAGCUCAUGGUCUGUUUCAUGAAUUGGGCAAUUGUUUAGGAGGAACAUGUGUGGGAUAUGCUGUUGUAAUCCCUACAAAUUACUGCAGUCCUGAUGGCCAGCCAACACUCCUUCCUCCUGAGCAUGUUCAAGAGUUGAAUCUUCGUUCCACAGCCACGCUAAGCGCUAUCCAGAGAUUUUUUGCCUUUCACAUGAUUGAGACCUGUGGCUGUGACUACUCUACCAGUGGCCUUUCUUUGGACACACUUCAGUCAAAAGUAAAGGGAUUUCUUGAUCUGCGUACACAAGAUGGACCCAGACAUGAUACCUACAUCCUGUAUUACAGUGGUCAUUCUCACAGCUCGGGUGAAUGGGCGUUAGCAGGAGGAGAAACAUUGAGGCUGGAGACAAUCUUGGAAUGGUGGAAGGAGAAGAAUGCAGGCUUCUGCUCCCGUCUGAUAAUUGUAUUGGACUGUGAGAAUUCUUUGCCAUGGGUUAAAGAUGUAAGAAGAGUUAGUGAAAAUUUUGUUGCAGUACAAGGUGCAGAACUGGCCAAAGAUGUAAAUAUCGAGGAAGCAGAUCUUCCGCAAUUAGGUGACUUCACUAAAGAAUGGGUAGAGUACAACUGCAACUCCGACAACAUCAUCAACUGGGUCGAUAAAGGAAGAACAGUAAUGGCGGUUUAUGGCAUCUCCAAAUCCUGGAGUGACUAUACUCUCCAUUUACCAUCAGGCAGUGAUGUUGCCAAACAUUGGAUGAUAUACUUUCCUCGCAUCACCUAUCCUCUCGUGCACUUGGCAGAUUGGUGUGGUGGGCUGAACCUUUUUUGGAUUUGUAAUAUUUGCUUCAGAUGUUUCAAAAGAUUGAAAAUGAGAUGGUUCCCACCCUCAGUCCUGGACACAGGACAAGGGUUCAAACUUGUGAAAUCAUGAGACUUCUUCAGAUGUCAAAUGCCUAAAGGAGACUUUUUUUGCACUUAACAGGCAUCCCUCCCAAAGAUUCUGGACAUAAAGAAUUGUAAUAGCUAAUGGGUUGCAGUUGCCAAAAAGCUACUGGUUUACCCAGAGCCGGAGUUUAUAAAAUUCAAAUGAUUUCAGGGUUCAUUGAGGCUUGACACAGGUUUUUUUUUGUAAAUUGCUGAUUUAACCUACAGCAGUGUUUCUGUUAAUAAGGAGCUGCUGUAUUAACAUUAUUAACUGUUUUUAGCGCACUGUUACUUCUAACACAUGUAAUUAUUUGAAAACAAUUCAAAAAUGGAAAUGGUGGAUGUAUAAUUAUACAUUAUUUAAAAAUGUCAUGGCCCACAUAUUUUGGGUAGGGGAGCGGAGUAAGAAAAGUGAUGAGCACACAUUAAUAAAUAUUUUGAGCCUUAAAAUUGAUUCUCAAGCUAAUGUAUUUUUGAAAUUUUGUUAACUUUUGUGUCCUUUGAUGAAAACGUCUGUUCAAAACCUCUAUCUAUAAUGUAUUGUUUCGAUUUGGUUGUCCAGUUUUAUGUAUUUCAUUGCUUUCAAUUGAAUUUGGUUAGCAGGUAAACAAAUAGUCUGUGGACUGGAGCAGCGAUUGAUGAUAAUGCUGAGAGAGUAUCCAGAUUGAUUGGCAUGAAAAUAGCUUCCAAAGACUUUCAGUAUUGAUAUUUGAUAAAUUUUGCUACAUCAAUACUAAUGUACUGCAUUCAUCACUGUCAUUAACAUUUUGAUGUUGCUCCUGGCAAUACAUUUGUGUUAUGACAACAUCCACAGGUCAUACUUUGUUUGAUGGCCAGGAACAUAGCAAUAUGAAGUUUAAGGCCUAUUGCACUGUAUUUUAACCAUUUUUAAAAGGUGUAUAACAAAGUGCCCCCAUUAGUUUCCAGAAUUUAAAAUAUUUACUACAGCUACUUACCUUGUGGGGAUUUCUUAAAUCCAUUGUAAUACCACACUGUUGUAUUUUGUUAUUCAGUUCUGUAUCGAAAUGUUGUACAUGCCCUAUAUUGUGUAUGGAAGUAAUGAUGAGACUUUCUUUUAGAACCAUCUGUUUUCUGGUCCUUUGUUUUUUAUCAACUCUACAUAAAAAAUGAUUUAAUUUUA